GCAACAUCGAUAAGCACUACUUCUAUUCACUUUGCGCGCUGGACUAGCAAGGUCGACUACAAUCGACCACCUCGAGACCGGGGUAUACGACAACGUUUCCGUCAAUCCGAAAUAUUUUUUUGUUUUUAAAUAGCAAGCAUGACUGUGCCUUAUUCUAGGGCUAUGGCAACCCAGGGCGGUUUCCUGUGGCUGUUCUGGAUACUUUUGCCAAGAUGGCGGGGAAGUAUAUACAGGCAAGUCUGGAAGGAAAUGGUUCUCUUCGUUAUCCUCUACUACACAAUAAGUGCUACUUAUUGGUUUGCUCUCAGUGAUAAAUACAAAAUAAUAUUUGAGAAAGUGGUGAUUUACUGUUCGAAAAUGAGCGGUUCACUCCCAGUUACGUCCCUGUUAGGAUUCUUCGUGACCAGCGUCUUCACCAGAUGGUGGGAAAUGUUCCGAAAUAUCCCGUGGCCUGAUCAAACAGCAAUACUUACCACAUCUUUUAUCCGAGGACAGGACAGGGAAUCCAAGAAAAUUCGAGAGACAGUGAUUCGAAAUGUGAAUGUUGUGAUUGCCAUGACCUUCAAGAAACUUUCACCCUCAGUGAGGAAGAAGUACCCUACUCUACGGAGCUUAACUAGUGAAGGCUACCUCACGGCGGAAGAGACACUGAUCAUAGAAAACCUCAGGAGCAGAACCUCGGUAGACAUGACAUACGUCCCAAUAGUGUGGGCUUGUAAGACUGUUGACAAGGCACAAAAUGAUGAAUAUAUAUCUUCCACUCACAACAAGAUAGACCUCAUGACUGAAAUUCUUGACAUCCAGAGUAAAUGCAUGGAAUUAUCUCACUGGACGAUGCGCGCUGUACCUCUGGCCUACUGCCAGGUCGUGGCCAUUGUGGUGUACUUUUUCUACCUCUCGUCUGUGGUUGGUGGACAGAGCUUAGAACCCGAGAGGCAUCUCAAAGGUCACACAAAUGUUUACUUCCCCAUAUUCACUCUCCUUCAACUCUUCUUCUACAUCGGGUGGCUGAAGGUGGGUGAGAGCUUCACCAAUCCAUUUGGAGAUGAUGAUGAUGACUUUGAAUUCCUCAAACUCUUGGAGCGACAUAGACAGAUGUCGGUAAUGCUCUCUGAACAAAAACCAGGGGACCUCCCGAAGGCAAUUUCGAUCCUUGACCUCCAUGUGGCAGCUGAGUCGUAAGGAAUGUAUGGGAUCCUGCCUAUUAUGUGUUGUUAACGUUGUGUCUUAAAUGUUUUCCACUUGCUAAAUAUCGUAUCAAGUAAUCAAAGAGGAAUAUAAUUUUGUUCUGAGCAAAUUCAUCCUGGACUGGGAAACAGUUGAUUAAGUUGCAUUGUUUUCUUCAUAGGAAAGAUCAUAAAACUGAUGGUUGAUGCUAAACAAAAUAAAUUCUAUAAACCGCAAUAAGAACUUUCAUAAUGUACAAGUUUUACUUAAAAGUCUUCAUAAAAAUAAAGGGAUGUCACGAAUCGUUUGAUGACAGCGAUCGCAUUUCCACAUCCAACAAGGGUUCACGAAUCGUUUGAUGACAGCGAUCGCAUUUCCACAUCCAACAAGAGUAUGUAAAAUUGUCGUUGUGGAAAUAGAAUUCCAUUUUCUCGACGACUUUUGAAUAAAAAUGAAACCAAGAGACGCUUUGAAACUCAACGUUGUUUGUCUCUUUUUCCAUGAGGCUGAGCAUAGCCAUCCUUUAAAUAAUAUUGUUUUUUUUUACCUUUAAAUAAUAUUGUUUUUUUUUUUGUACUCUAUUUUUUUAGCUGGUGCUGUUUAUAUUUUAUCCUCGAUUCA